UUGGAGAGGCUGCGGCGGGAAGAGCGGCCCCGCCGAGUCCGUGUGCUGCACCGGGACUUCGUGUUUCCUCAUCGGCUUAUUAUGUCUAAUUACCACUUUAAUUAGUUGGAGAAGUUAAUUAACGCCCCGCUGACGGUCGGUUGCCUGUGUGCUGUGGAUAAAAUGGAGCCUGUGACCAAGUGGACCCCGCAACAAGUGGUGGACUGGAUGAGAGGUCUGGACGACAGCCUGCAGCAGUACGUGUCGUCCUUCCAGCAGCAGCAGGUUGAUGGACAGAGGCUGCUCAGUUUGACCCACCAGGAGCUGCUGGCGCUGGGCGUGACGCGGCUCGGACACCAGGAGCUCGUGCAGGAGGCCGUCGACCUGCUGUGCGCUCUGAACCACGGCGUGGAGUCAGACAACCUGAAGACGCUGGUGGGCAGGAUGAGAGCCGCGUACAACAACCUGAGCAACGCCGCGUCGCAGCGCCGCAAGAACCCCGCCUACCACUCCAAGAACUCCCAUCAGCCCUCCAACGACUUCCUGACCGCCGUGGUCGAGCUGAUUGGAGCCGCCAAGGGCCUGCUGGCCUGGCUAGACAGGACUCCAAUGACCGGCGUCAACGACUUCACCUCCACCAAGAACAGCAUCAUCCAGCUCUGCUUGGAGCUCACCUCCACCGUCCAGAAGGACUGCACUGUUUAUGAGAUGGAGGAGAAGAUUCUGGAAGUUUCUCGAGCUCUGAACGGUAUCUGUGAGCAGACGGUGCGGGCGACCUCUGACCCCUCACAGAGUCCAGUGGCCUGUUUGGAGGAGGUUCACAUCACCAACAUCAAGCCUGGAGAGGGCCUGGGGAUGUACAUCAAAUCGACCUAUGACGGGCUCCAUGUCAUCACAGGAACCACAGAGAAUUCUCCUGCCGACAGAACGCAGAGGAUUCACGCUGGAGACGAAGUCGUGCAGGUCAACAGACAGACGGUGGUGGGCUGGCAGCUGAAGCACCUGGUGGGGAAGCUGAAGGCGGAGCCUGACGGCGUCGUCCUGGUGGUGAAGAAGAGGCCGUCCGGGACGUCCUGCAGCUUUGCCCCCGCCCCGCUGAAAAACCUGCGCUGGAGACCCCCGCUGGUCCAGGCGGCUCCAGCUCCCCACAAAUCCCAGCACCCAGAAACCAGCGAGGCUGUCGGCAAGAAGGGGAAGGCAGCCAUCUUGGAUCUGUACAUCCCCCCUCCCCCUGCAAUGCCAUACGUGCCUCGUGAAGGAAGCUCCAACGUGAAUCCUGCAGUGAAAAUCAGGGCCAAGUCUCCGAACUCGCGUCUGGACAUGGAGCGGACGAGGCGCUUCACCGUGGCCGACUACGACAGCAGGACGUCACACAGCCCGCCUGCUGAGCACAGCCAGCCGGUCCCGGUGCGCAUGAGGCAGCGGUCCUCCACACGCAGUAAACCUCGGCCGCUCUCCAUGCCAGUGGAUACGUGUUCGGGCGUGUCGGAGCCUCCCUGCCGCCGCUGGGGUCAGGCCAGGAAAGGGCAGGACAUCCUCCACAGAUACCUGAGCAACGAGCGGAUCGCCACCAUCUCGGAGGAGCCGUGUUACCCUCUGCCGUACCGCCCGGCGGACCGAGGCCACGGGUUGGUCCGCGGCGUCGACCACAUCAGGGGCAGCCAGUGCUUCAUCAACGCCGACCUGCACAACAGCGCCACCAUCCCGUACCAGGAGGCGGCGUCCAAGAAGUCGCACUCUGCCGCCGCCGCCUCUCCUCCCAAAGCCGAAACCAAACAUUCGUCUUCCCUGCUGGGCGGCUGGCUCGCUCGCCUCCGGCUGCUGACGUUUGCAGACAUGCUCCCGUCCGCUCUGGUCCACAUGUCCUUCCCAGGUCUGGCAGCCAUGAGCCGGCGGCGGGUUUCCGUCAAAGAGCUGGGGGCGGCGGACUGCCAGGGCUGGCUGCACCGCAGGAAGGAGGGCCGAGGCUUCCUGGGAAGCAGAUGGAAGAGAUACUGGUUCAUCCUGAAGAAGAGCUCGCUGUACUGGUACACCGACAAGACGGCUGAGAAAGCAGAAGGCUUCAUCAACCUGAACGACUUCACCAUCGAGCCGGCCAGCGAGUGCAGGAGGAAACAUGCCCUGAAGGCCAGUCACCCGCAGGUCGUCACUCUCUUCAUGGCUGCAGACGGCGUCACCGACAUGCACAGGUGGAUCAGUAAACUGUCAGCAGCGGCUCAGCACAGCGAGCACACACACACCGACACGGCAGAGUGCUACAGCGAGUCCAGUGAUCAGGACGGUGAUGAGUGUGUGCUGUCCACUUCCUGUCCUCUGGACUCUGAACAGGAAACCAGCGACUGUGGAAACGGAGAGGAGCCUCUGCCCCGGUGCUGGUCGUCCCCCGGCAGCGGCCCCGUCCCGGCCGUGCCUCCGCCCCUCGCCCCCGCCAGCAGGAGCGGCUCGUCGAGCUGGGAGUCCCUGUCCUGGCUGGACCUGCCGGCCCCUCAGGGGGCCUGGGCCGGGGGGCCGCCGCCGUUCGACCCCCCGCACAGAGACCAGGACAAGACGUCCGAUGAGAUGGAGCGUCUCUACGUCCACCUGAAGCAGGCCAGCUUGUCUCCGAUUGGCCAACACAAACCGUCCAAUCAGAGGGACUUCAGGGCAUCCUUCGUCAGGCGUUGCCGCGACGACAAGAUCAACGAGAAGCUUCACGUCGCCAGGAUCCUCAACAGCACGCUGAAGGCUAAAGAGGCGGAGCUGCUGGGGGUAGAGCAGAUCCUGGCCGACGCGACGCUCUCGGCGCCGCAGUUCAGAGAGUGGAAGCUCAGCAACUUCAUCCUGCUGCAGGACAUCAGGCGGCGCCGGGCGCCAACAGGGGGCGCCGCAGCGCCAAGAGACAGAGCCGCCGCUGCUGCAGAGCCCGGCGAGGCUGAGAGCAGCCUCUGACACCACAGACACAGAGACAGAUUAACAAACCACAGAGAUGGAGCCAGAUUAACAAACCAGAGGGAGAUGCAUCCAGAUUAACAAACCAUAGAGAGAUGGGGCCCAGAUUGUCAAACUAGAGAAAUGCAGGGUCUAUAUUAACAAACCAGAGGGAGACGGAUCCAGAUUAAAAACCCAGAGAGAGGUGGGGUCCAGAUUACCAAACCAGAGAGAGAUUGGGGUGCAGAUUAAGAAACCAUAGAGAGAUGGGCCCAGAUUACCAAACCAGAGAGAGAUUGGGGUGCAGAUUAACAAACCAGAAAGAGAUGGGCCCAGAUUACCAAACCAGAGAGAGAUUUAGGUGCAGAUUAACAAACCAUAGAGAGAUAGGGCCCAAAUUGCCAAACCAGAGAAAGGCAGGGUCUAUAUUAACAAACCAAAGAGAGACGGAUCCAGAUUAAAAACCCAGAGAGAGAUGGAUCCAGAUUAAAAACCCAGAGAGAGACAGGGUCCAGAUUAACAGACCAGAGAGAGACAGGGUCCAGAUUAACAGACCAGAGAGAGACAGGGUCCAGAUUAACAGACCAGACAGAGACGGGCCCAGAUGAACAAACCAGAGAGAGAUUGGGGUGCAGAUUAACAAACCAGAGAGAAAGACGGGGUCCAGAUUAACAGACCAGAGAGAGAGAGACAGGCUCCACACUGGAGGGUUUGACAGAUGACCUGCUGGUGUGAAAUCCUAAUCUGAGUGAGGUUUUCGUGGUGAGAUUGCAGCGUCUUCACAGGAUAAUUUAAAAAAAAAAAAAAAAA